AUGCGGCUGUUGCUAGAUCUACCAAAUGAAAUUCUCCAUCAUAUUGCAGGCUAUCUGGCCCUAGAGUCAGAUCUAAACUUGUUAGCCAGAACGAACCGCCACUUUCACAGUGCAAUCAACCCUUUAUUGUAUCAUUUCAAUGCCAUACACAGACAGAUGUCCGCACUGCUGUGGGCUGCAGAUCAUGGGAUAGUUGAGACCGCGCAACAUUCACUGAACGCUAGUUUCGGGGUUUCAAACAAUAUAAAACUUGGCAUAAUCUAUGAUGCACUGUCAAUAGCAGUGCACGCGGGACACACAAGUAUCGCGAAGGUUCUUCUACUGCAAGAGGGAAUUGAUCCUAAUUUCCGAUAUCGGAGCAAAGAGGCCAGAUCAUGGGUGACGUUUCUAGCAAGAGCAGCUGGGGCAGGACAUGUAGAUACAGUUGCCCUGUUGCUGUCAACAAAAGGCAUCAACCCGAAUCUAGGAGAUGGCAUGGGAAGGCCCCCGAUUGCUCAUGCGGGAUUCAACAACCAGGUUCCAGUGAUCGAACAGCUGCUUGCCACCCCGGGCGUAGAUAUGAAUGGGAAGGAUCACCAUGGCCGUACGCCACUGGCCUGGACAGUGAGUUUUGGAUCGGAAGCAGCUGUGUCUCAAUUCCUAUCUCGACAGGACAUUGAUGUCAAUGCGGCUAUAGCCACGGAUGAUUUGUUUAAGAAGGGGUGGACUGCCCUAAUGUUCGCGGCUAGCAGGGGAUUUGCUAAGAAAGUGGAGCUGUUGCUUAACACACCAUAUAUCAAUGUGAACCACCAAUCCUCCAGUGGAAAAACAGCUUUACACUGGGCAGCGCAGGUUGGCUCUGAAACUAUCGUGCAGCUUCUACUCGCAAAGGGGGCAUAUCCUGACCCCAGAGACAGCCAUAAUCGGUCUCCUCUCAUUCAGUCUGCAUUGUAUGGCCAUCUGUCCAUCAUGGAAUUGCUAUAUGAAGCAGGGGCCAACCUCAAUACUGUCACGAGUACUGGGAGUACUGCACUUACUUCAGCCUCGGGUGAAGGACAUACAGAUAUAGUUGUUUUUCUUUUAGGGACAGGAAAGGUGGACGUAGCAGCAAAAGGCAAAGAGGACAAGCGCAAUGCUUUGUCGGUGGCUGCAGAGGGAGGCCAUCGAGACAUUGUCGACCUAUUAUUGAAACAGAAUGGCCAAGGGUUUCCGAACGAAAGGGAUUAUAUGGGACGAUCACCAUUGUCAUAUGCGAUUGAGCAUGGUGAUCUUGAGACAAUUAAACUGCUGAUACGGAAUUCAUCUGUAAUAGAUACUGGGGAAACAGAUGCCAACGGCAAAACACUCCUUUCCUAUGCCGCGCAGCACGAUGAUCCAGCAAUACUAAAUCUGCUAGUGUCAGCCACGAAGGUUACUAGAUAG